AUGCCGGUAGAUACGUCAACCUCUGCACCACAAGGAACGAGCGGGAAAUCCAAGAAAAAUAACAGGAAGAAAGCAAACGCCAGAGCAAAAGCUAAUGGGGUAGCCGUUCAACAAGAGCAGACCGCGCACAUCAGCCAGGACCAAGACCAGCCAUCGCAAUCAAUUCCGUCAUCGGCCACUACUGAGGCAUUCAUCAACGGCUCUCACGGGAAUCAAACACCAGAUUCAGAAGAUGACAACGACAAUAAAGGAGGAGAGGAGACUCUGGCCAAAGCAAAGACGGAGAAAAUGCCAACGAUGGCAGAUAACGACAACGACAACGAUGUGCAAUCCCUUGAUUCGAACCCCAGGUUCGAUGCCCUUGUGCGAGAUCGUGAUUCCCUCCGCGCCGAAGUAGCCGAGAUGCGCAUAUCACUAGAAAAGAUACAGUCCAAGCACGAUGAGGAGAUGAGCGCUUUGCAGAGGCAACUGGAGCAGUCACGGAAUGAGAAAGAGCAUGCGGACACGCAGUUUCGAAAUUUGCUGGGGAAAGUUAAUACGAUUAAGUCGCAGUUGGGGGAGAGAUUGAAGGCUGAUGCUGAGGAGCUGGCACAUACGAAGAGUAGGAUCGAUGAGCUUGAGGAUGAAAACGCCGCACUGAAAACAGAGGUAAACACGAAAUUGGCCGCCGUGACAUCGUUAGAGAAGGAACGGGAACAGCAAUCUAAGGAGCUGUCCAGUUUGCGAAACCGGACGAAUUUAUCACAGCAGAAUUGGCUGAGGGAAAGAGAGGAGCUCACGGAACGAGAGGAGCAUGCGCGUUUGGAAUUUGAGGAGGCCAAGCAAGCUAUGCACAACUGGGAGAUUCUGGCGAUGGAGGAACGAUCUAUUCGAGAAAGCCUUGAGGAGAAGGUGGUUGACCUGGAGGAGCAGCUGGUCGUCUUGAAAAGCGAGUACGAGAAGGCAUCUUCGGAACGUGAUAGCCAGGCAGUCACGGUUGAUGGGCUUCAGCGGGCUCUCCAAGAAAUACAGACUGCUCGAAAGCAGGAACUGCGAGAUAUAGUGGAGAGCUCAGAUGCGCAGUUGGAAGAGCAGAGGAAGAAAUUACAGGAGGCUGAGAAGGGUGUGACUGAAACCGUAAGAAAACUGGAAGAGGCUGAGGCGGAGUUGGAACGGCUUCGACCUUUUGAAAAAGAGGUCAGGGAGAAAAACCUGCUCAUUGGCAAACUGCGUCAUGAAGCUGUGACUCUAAACGAGCACCUUACCAAAGCUCUGAGGUUUCUGAAGAAGGGCAAACCAGAAGAUAACGUGGACAGACACCUCGUCACGAACCACUUCCUCCAUUUCCUCGCGCUAGAUCGAUCAGAUCCGAAGAAAUUCCAGGUCUUGCAACUCAUAUCCGCGCUAUUGGGAUGGACGGAUGAGCAACGAGAACAAGCUGGCCUUGCCCGCCCGGGAACUUCUGGUGGAUUCAGCAACCUCAGACUCCCCAGUGCGUCGUCACUCGUGUAUCGGAUACCAAGCUCCCCAUCCCUUGCGUCUGAGUAUUUCACGGAGAAUGGAAACACGCGCAAAGAAUCGCUAGCGGAACUCUGGUCGAAUUUCCUGGAGCAGGAGGCCGCGCAGAAGAAAAAGUCGAAGGGGCGGAGUCAGCCAGAAGCAUUUCCUACACCGCCGCCUACAUGA